ACACUUUUACUGUUUUUGCAAUAGUAAAUUUACGGAACUUUCCAAUGAUAUUGCUAUAUUAGGGUCGGUUAAACCACAAACAUGAUAGAAAACCUGUCCAAGAAACGUAUGGUGUUUGGAAUCAGCUGCCUUAUACUACUAACCAUAGUUGUACUGAUCAUCGAAUCCAAAUGGAUGAAAGCCGGCUCUCGUCGACAGGAGUUUGUGAUUGAGAAUAAUUCCACCUGCUGGCAGCGGGAAACGUACGAAGUGAUCAAGGACUGCCAUCCGUGCACCGCGUUUGAGAUUGCGAGCAAAUCGCAGGGUGUCUGUGUGCAUACACACAACAAAGAGGUGCUGAAGUGUAUUGGAGGAGAGAUCGUUACCAGAAGUUGUGAUCGUGUGGCGUGGCUGGAUGAGCGACACUACUGGUCGUUCCAAAUUUCACUAACAAUCGUCGGUACACUUUCGGCGGCAAUAUCCUUUCUACGUCAGAAAACGCUUAACCGACGGACUAUGUUAAAAAUUCAACGAGAACUAGGUGCAUAAGAAGAGUACAAAAAAAAAAAAACAC